AUGGCCUUCACAUUUGCUGCCUUCUGCUACAUGCUCUCCCUGGUCUUGUGCGCCGCUUUGAUCUUCUUCGCCAUCUGGCAUAUAAUUGCAUUUGAUGAGUUAAAGACAGACUUCAAGAGUCCUAUAGACCAGUGCAACCCAACAAAUGCAAGAGAGCGGUUGAGAAACAUUGAACGGAUCUGCUUUCUUCUGAGAAAGUUAGUGUUGCCAGAAUAUUCCAUCCAUAGCCUUUUCUGCAUAAUGUUUCUGUGUGCUCAAGAAUGGUUAACUCUGGGCUUGAAUAUUCCUCUGCUUUUCUAUCAUUUUUGGAGGUAUUUCCAUUGUCCAGCAGAUAGCACAGAGCUAGCCUAUGAUCCACCUGCAGUGAUGAAUGCAGAUACCUUGCGUUAUUGUCAAAGGGAAGCCUGGUGUAAACUAGCUUUCUAUCUCCUCUCAUUCUUCUACUAUUUGUACUGCAUGAUCUACGCUUUAGUGACUUCCUAAUUUAAAGAUUAUGUAAAAGACUGAAAACAAAGAUGACCGUAUAAAGAUCCUGCCUGCAAUGAUGCCUAAAACACAGCAAAGAAAUGGAAGCUUUAAAUCCAGGAACCAUACAGGAUAUAAAAGAGUGAGAGAUAAAGCCCU